UAAUAAUGAAAUUAAGUGCAUUUAUUCUGCAAUGCGUUUAUUUAUGUUAACCUUUUAUUGUUAAUAUUAUAAUUUAACAGAUUAAUGUAGAAUGUACUUAUCUGUGGUGAAACGAAAACUACAGUAAGUUUGGAUAUUGGAUUAAACAAUGAAAGAAUCAAAAGAAAUAGAUUAUUCUCAAAUAUUGUAUAAAUUAACAACAGAUAAAACUGAAGCCAAUGAUUUCGAAAAUAAAUUAGAACAAAUUUUGGACAAGACACUUCCUCUAUUAUCAAAAAAUGAUAAGUAUAUAAUAUUUGGUGAUAAAGAUAGUGCAAAUAAUUAUGUAGAUAUAAGGUACAAAUAUAUUCAAACUAUUACGUAUAUAUUAAAAAAGAUUCAGAUAACAGAUGAAAUCAAUCACGACGACUGUAUUAGUGUUCAACAAUAUCAUACAUUUAAAAUUGCAAUAGAGUUAAUAGUAUCAAUAGGAAUUAUACCAUGCUUGUUACCUGGUAUUGGUAUCGAUAUGAAAAAGUUAUGUCCUAGAGCUUCAAAAUUAAUAGAAGAAAAGACAUCCAUUUUACAGAAAUAUGAGAGAUUAUGUUUGUCAAGCCGUUCUCUUAUUGAAUAUUACAAUGGAAGUCUUUUACGGCCAGCUGUUCUUUCUCAAUUUGGUCCAUUAAUUGCAGCAUUGCUACAAUUAUCAUAUGCUCCUUUAACAAAACCUAACGAAGAACAAUUACCUUUGAAACAAGAAAAUGAAAUGAAUAAGGAACAAUUUAUAAUGACUAUUGAUUUACAUAAAAAAUUACAAAACGAUCAGAAACAAUUUUUAUCUGAAUUACUAACUUUAUUUGAUAAUUGCCCACAAUAUAUAAUUAUGAAGGAGUUGAUGAUUAUUCUGGGAAUUCAAAAAGCACCAAUGUGGAUUCGUAGAAUAACUAGAAAACAUUUAAUUGAAAAAAUUCAGCAACCUAAUGGAGUCGUGUCAUUAAUUGCCACUUUGUGCAAUGAUACAUUAGAUUUUGGAACUGAUUGGAACAAAUUAGAUGUACUUGCUAGAUUAAUUGCUACAUCACAUGAAAUGAAUAAAAAUAAAUAUUAUGAAGCUAUAUGUCCACAGCUUCUGAAUCUUUUAACAUUAAAACAGAUUAAUCAUUACUCAAUAAUAGCUAAUAGCUGUAUAAUAGCUCUUUAUGAAAGUAAUCCUGAUAUUUGUGAGAAAAAUAUAAUUAAUAUUAUAAUGAAGCCUUUAUUAAUAACAAACUUGGAUCAUGAAAAAGAGACAGAAAUAAUAGUACCUGAAUGCGAAUUGAACACGUGUAUUGAAAAUCUUAUGACUUGUUUUGCACCAACAGAGGCAAAAUUUAAAUCUUUGCCUCACAAGCUUAUAUCGACUAUAGCUAUUCCAUUAUUUUGUAUUCAUAACAAAAUAAGAUCUAGUACUUGCUUGUUAAGGAACAAAGUGAGACAAUUAUUAUUGAAGCUUCUGCACGAUGAAAAUUUACAAGAUGAUCUUUUUUCUGCAUUCCUUGGAUAUAAUAUAAAAGAAAAUUUUGGACAAUAUAUAUCCAUACAAUUUGGAUCUAAUGGUGGACUUGAAAUUAUUGGAACCAUAAAGAAUUUAGCAUAUGAAGAAUUUGCAGAUAGUUUGUUUGACUUAAUAUCUGUUAAUGAGGUACUUAUUACUAAUUUAUUCUCUUAUUUGUUGAUGUCUCUAUCAAAUUCUACAAAAUGGUCCUGCAAUAAUACAUUAGAAACAUCUCAUGACAUAAUAGAACGCAUUGAAAAGCAAUUAGCUGCUAUUAAACUUCUAUCACAUUUGGCAAACAAAUCUGUUGUUCAAGAAGCACAACUCAAGAAUCCCGAACCAUUGUUAAAUUUUAUCAAAUCCUUAUUUAAUGAGAAAGUAAUUAAAAAUCAAAAUAAUACUGAAAACGAUGAUUAUGAAAUUAUAUAUAUUAGUUUAAUGUUGAUCAAAAUGAUUCUAAGUUCUGAAAGCAAAAUGUUGAAUCGAACACAUUUUGAAUCAUUCGCAAAGUUUCUAAAAGAACAAAUUAAUAACUCCACAAUUUCGUCACAAUUGGUAGUACUUAUGAAGGAAAUACUUCAAUUCAUUGAAAGCAAACAGCAAUUUAAUCAAAUACAUUAUGAAGAUUUAUCUAUAGAUUAUAAAAAAUUUAAUAAAUUUGAAGAAGCUAUUCGAGAUUUGUCAGAUCCGCUACUUCCAGUACGUGCUCAUGGGAUCAUAACUUUAACAAAAUUAAUUGAAACAAAGGAUCCAUUUGCUGUUGCUAGAAAAACAAUUCUUUUACGCCUAUUUCAAGAAAAUUUGAAACACGAAGAUUCUUUCAUUUAUCUUGCUGCAAUAAACGGUAUGUGUUCUUUGGCUGUAACAUAUCCUCAAAUAGUAAUAGAAACAUUAGUUCAAGAGUACAUUAACAUGCCUCAAAGAAUUACAAGUGGAGAUAUUUCUGUAGAAAAUAGAAUAAAACUUGGUGAAAUAUUAGUAAAAACAACAAGAGGAUUAGGUGAAAUGACAUUGACACAUAAAAAUAUACUUAUUAAUGGAUUUUUAUGUACUACACGUGAUCCGGAUCCAUUAGUACGUGCAUCAAGUCUUUCUUGUCUUGGAGAGCUUUGUAAAGUAUUAGGUUUUCGUCUUGGAAAUAUUAUCAUAGAGAUACUCUACUGCAUUAAUUGUAUCUUAGAAACUGACAAAGCACUUGAAUGUCGUCGAGCAGCAGUAUUAGUCAUCAAUCUUUUAGUUCGUGGAUUAGGAAAGCAUGUUUUAACCGAUCUUAGCAAAGAUUUGCUUAUUUUAUAUCGUAGUUUAAAACAUUUAAGAGAUACCGAUAAAGAUCCAGUACUACGUUUACAUGCUCAAUUAGCUCUGGAAGAAAUUGACGAAGUUGUACAAAAUUUCCUUUUUGCCAAACCAAAAUUGGAAAAGACUAUAUUUUUAUUAGAAUAAAUAUAGUUAUUAUUGAAUAAUUAUAUACGUACUACAUAUAUUCGAUUCUCAAUAGUACGUUGUUUAUAUAAGUUCUUGUUAUGUAUUAAUGUGUGUGUGUGUGUGUGUGUGUGUGUGUGUGUGUGUGUGUGUGUGUGUGUGUGUACAUAGUAUCUAUUAUAUUAUUUUUUAAAUAAUAAUAAAAAAAAAGAAAGACUUAUGAUUCAUUAGACAGCUGGAAAUUUGUAUAAAAAGUAACAAAUAUAAACUUUACAAAAAAUAUUGCAACAAA